AUGUCCCGUAAUCGUGUGAAGAAUGUUGCUUAUGACGAUGACGAUUACUACGACGAAGAUGAAUACGGGGAUGAAGGCGAACUCUCCCCCGAAGAUCGAGAGCAGAUGAGGCUCCGAACCACGGAAGUCCAGGAGUUACUACGAUCCGAGAUCCCCCCUAUCCAGGCAAAGGAGGAGGAGAUAUGGGAAUCGCUAUGGCAUUAUUACUACGAUGUGGAUAAAACGGUUGCAUAUCUGAGGAGCGGGGUCCCGUUCCUAGAGAAAUACCGACCGCCAACGCCGAAGAAGACCACAGGAGCACCGACCUCAGUUGCGAAACCGAGAUCGAAAGGCGUAGAAUUACCUUCGCCUUACCCGCUUCCCUCCCACCGCGCUCAGUGCUCGGCCCAGUUCUCGGCCCGCGACUUCUUCAAUGACUCCCCGUGGCUGAACAUCCCUCUUCACCGCAAAGCGGAUAUUUUGGUUGAGCCGCUUUAUCCUCGCCUUGGCUUAUUAGGCGGAGCACAAGAGGGCCCCGGAAGGAUGUCCAAGCUCGCUGCCCUGGCAGCUGCGCGGAAAAAGAAGGAGAGUGAAAAGAACAAAGCAAAUCAGGAGCCUGCAGCCCCUGAGCCAUCGUCUGUGCCAGUGUCAUCGGAAAACCACCGCAGUACUUCGAUUUCACUUCUGGAUAGACUGGCCAGCAAUGGGAAAUCUAAAGCGGGCUCGGAAACCCGUCCCUCCAAGUUCCUACUUCGGAAGGCAGAUCGGGAUGCAAACAGGGCUCCGCAGGAGAGUCAGCCAACAAAUCCCCGCGGAUCAAUGGGCUCACAGCAAAAGCCAAAGUCCCCUAUCGCGUCGCCUAUCCCGGGCCCCGUAAAGGAUAUGGCUCCAUCUAAGGAGGAUCUUCUUGCUCCACCCUCUUCUUUCGCAACUAUCAUUAUUGGCAGCCGGAAUGGUCAAAGGCCGUCUUGUUGCUCGUCGCAUAAUUUUGACAUGUUUAGACUAUACGGUCAGAACCUUACUGAAUCUUUCAAUUUUGCAGACCCGAGCCCUGAUGAUGUCGUUAUAAAUGCGCAAAACGCGGCGAAAGCAAAUAAAGCAAAGCAGGCUAAGGCCCAGUCUUCGACUAAGGCGUCAUCUGACCUAGCGGAUAGCGUCAAACAACUCUCAGUACAGGAAUCUAUCAAACCUAAGAGCAAACAAUUAGAUGUUUUGGAGGAGCAUCGUAAAGCAAAAAGAAAGAAAGCCGCCAACUUCGUCGUCAUUGGGCAUGUUGACGCUGGAAAGAGCACCCUUAUGGGAAGGCUGCUGUAUGACUUGGGGGCUAUCGACCAACGCACAGUAGACAAAUAUAAACGAGAAGCAGAUAGAAUUGGAAAGGGGUCGUUCCAUCUUGCCUGGGUCCUUGAUCAAGGAUCAGAAGAAAGGGCCCGUGGAGUAACGAUCGAUAUUGCGACAAACAAGUUUGAAACAGCAUCUACGAGUUUUACAAUACUAGAUGCCCCUGGACAUCGUGACUUUGUACCCAAUAUGAUCGCGGGGGCUAGCCAGGCUGAUUUCGCGGUCCUGGUAAUCGAUGCUGGCACAGGGAACUUCGAGUCUGGUUUGAAAGGCCAAACGAAAGAACAUGCUCUGCUCGUUCGAAGCAUGGGCGUUCAGAAGAUCGUGGUUGCGGUGAACAAGAUGGACUCGGUGACAUGGUCCAAAGAGAGAUUUGAUGAGAUUGAGCAGCAAAUAUCGUCGUUUUUGACGACUGCCGGGUUCCAACCGAAGAAUAUAUCCUUCGUUCCAUGCUCUGGACUUCGCGGGGAGAAUAUUGUCUCACGGACGGAAGAUAAGUCUGCUACUUGGUACACUGGGAAAACCCUAGUUGAAGAACUGGAAACCGCUGAGCCGUAUACAUACGCGAUCGAGAAGCCUUUACGCAUGACGAUCGCGGAUGUUUUUAAGGGAGGGGCACAAAAUCAGCUAUCUAUCUCCGGGCGCAUCGACGCUGGGAGUCUGCAGGUAGGAGAUCGGAUUCUGACCAUGCCAAGUGGGGAGUCGGCCGUGGUCAAAAGCCUUGAAAUCGAUGAAGAGCCCAGCGACUGGGCUGUGGCGGGAAACAACGUUGUCCUCCACCUCUUGGACAUUGAUCCCAUGUAUCUCAAAACCGGGGAUGUGAUUUGCAGCCCGUCCUCUCCGGUGAAGAAUUUGAACUCGUUCACGGUCAAAGUGCUAGCCUUUGACCAUCUGACGCCAAUGCAUGUCGAGCUUCACCGCGGGCGGCUGCAUGUGCCUGGUCGCAUAUCACGACUUAUUGCUACCUUGGAUAAGGCCUCUGGAAACCCCGUGAAAAAGAAGCCGAAGAUCGUGGCGCCGGGCACGGUGGCGCGCAUUGUGGUUGAUAUUGACCAGUCGAUACCUCUGGAGGCCCCAGCACGAGUUGUUCUCAGGGCAAGCGGGGAGACAGUGGCUGCAGGGUUACUAGAAUGA